AUGCAGCUGAUAUCUUCUAAGCAGCUUCUGUCUGGCAGACCUGUGUUUGUUGCUAGGAAGACAGUGAAUGUGACCUUUCACCUCAAAAUCAUUCCAAGUAAUAAGGGCAAGAAUAUCUUAACCCUAAAGUUUUCAGUGACUCCCAUCGGUCAGGCAUGGCAUCAUAAGCCUGCUCUUCGCCGCCUGGAUCGUCGUGGCGGGGUGAAGCACAUCUCUGGGCUCCUGUAUGAGGAGACCCGCGGGGUCCUGAAAGUGUUUCUGGAGAACAUGGUCCGGGACGCGGUCACCUACACCGAGCACGCCAAGCAGAAGGCUGUCACCGCCAUGGACGUGGUCUACGCUCACAAGCGCCAGGGCCGUACCCUCUACAGUUUCGAUGGUUAA